AUGGAUCUGCAAGAACUACUGGCAAAAGUGCCGCUGCUGCUAUCCUAUCCAACUAUUAUUUUAUCCAGUAAUCUCAUCGUACCUUCUCACAAUGAUCUCAUAUUAAGAACAGCCACAUCAGCAGCGGAGCACGACCAGCAAGGGCCAGCGUUUUUCAGCACAGAUUACAUUAUCAGAGUGAUACUUCUGCCAACAUUCAUAGCCUCCUCUUUCAAUCUAUUCGCGUACUACUUUAAUUUCGUCAACUACUCUAGCCGAAGAAAGUAUUAUGUUUUAUUUUCUGGAAUCUUCCUUAUAUCGAUACUGACCCAUAUUUUCCAUCCAAUUCAGUCAACAUGUAUAUCUCUGUUGAUUAUUAAGCGCCUGACUGUUGCGAGUGAAUCUUCAAGCAGGACCGCUUUCGGUUUUUGGACCAAUCUAAAAACAUUCGUACCCUUCAUUAUUAUGACACUAGUUGUAUUGCACUGUGACUCUUCAGCGGGCAUUGGUGCGGAAGAUGUGGGUAAAAUAUCUGUGCCUCUGAUAACAUAUGCUCUAUUGAUGUUUGGACUAAGGUACGUGUCACCACUGUUAUUAUCGACUCUUUCAAGUAACGUGGAUAUUGCUCCCAAAGACAAUGGCAUAACACAAGACUCGAUAGGCAGAAAUAAGAAAUUUCCGCUGAUGAUUAUAUUACCAAUUGUUUCAUUUACCCUUUUGUACCUAACAAUUAUCAUAAACAAUACUUAUAAUAUUCAGUUAUUGAUGGUGUUCGUGUUUUAUGGAUGUUUGUCUAUCUUUUUCUUAUCCUUGAGAGAUUUGUUCGCUGAAGAUAUAAAUCAAGAAAGAAGAAUCCAGGAGAAUGAACAUUGUCAUAAGUUUGAGAUAUGUUAUAUGAUUUGUCACUUCUGGCUGACAAGGUUCACCAUUUUAUUAACGGGUAUAAUGGCCAUUGUAGUGCAUUUUUUAUCCUUUAAUGAGGUCACGUUUUCCAUCAAAACAGAUUUAGUAACUUUAGUUUAUGUUAUAGUGGCAGAAUAUGUUUCUACUUCAUCCAGCAUACAGGGGGAUUCACAUUCUCAUGAUCAUGCACAUUCUCAUUCUCAUCCAUGCAAUGCCUCAUCACUUGAAAAUGAAAGCAUCUUCAGACAAAUGGCCUUGAACAAAGAUACUAGGUCCAUCUUUUCAUUCCUGUUAUUGAAUACUGCCUUUAUGUUUGUACAACUUCUGUAUUCGUUCCGGUCCAAAUCAUUGGGCUUGUUAUCCGAUUCACUACAUAUGGCCCUGGACUGCACUUCUCUACUAUUGGGUUUAAUUGCUGGUAUAUUAAGUAAAAAACCAGCAAGUGAUAAGUUUCCUUUCGCUCUGAACUAUCUUGGUACUCUAGCCGGUUUCACAAAUGGUGUUCUUUUGUUAGGUAUAGUCUGCGGUAUCUUUGUGGAAGCGAUUGAAAGACUUUUCAACCCUAUUCAUCUCCAUGGAACAAAUGAGUUGUUGGUCGUUGCUACAUUAGGGUUAUUAGUCAACCUUGUUGGUCUAUUUGCCUUUGAUCAUGGUGCUCAUGAACAUGGUGGUACGGAUAACGAGAAUAUGAAGGGGAUUUUUUUGCACAUAUUGGCUGAUACAUUGGGUUCUGUUGGAGUGGUUAUUUCUACAUUAUUAAUCAAACUAACGCAUUGGCCCAUUUUUGACCCAAUCGCCUCCUUAUUGAUUGGUUCCUUAAUCUUAUUAAGUGCUCUGCCCCUAUUGAAAUCUACCUCUGCGAACAUUCUAUUAAAAUUAGAUGACAAGAAGCAUAACGUAGUCAAAAGUGCCCUUAACCAAAUCUCAACGACACCAGGUAUCACUGGCUACACAACCCCUAGGUUUUGGCCCACGGAGGCAGGUAGUUCUGGACAUUCUCAUUCCCAUGGUCAUACCCACUCCCAUUCAGAGGAUCAUAGUCACGGGCAUCAUUGUGAACAGCCAAACCAACCACUAGAAAAUCCAACUCUGGUAGGGUACAUUCACGUACAGUAUGCAGAGGGAGAAAAUUCAACAAUCAUCAAGAAAAGAGUAGAAAAAAUAUUUGAAAAUGUAGGGAUCAAAGCAUGGGUACAAGUUGAGCCUCAAAAUUCCACCUGCUGGUGCCGCGCUACUUCGAUGAAUACAGUGUCGGCUACAGCCCCCAAUUCUCUACCUUUACAGCCCAUUGCUAAUUGA